AUGGAUCAUGCAGAGUUGAUUGCAGAAUUAAGUGAAAUAGAGCAAAUGUCUCCUACUGAGAGGAUUGCUCUAGCAAAAGAACGACGACGAAUGCAAUUAAAGAAGAAUGAAGAAAGAGAAAGAUUAUUACCACCACCACCUCCUAGAAGACCAAGAUUAAGGUUUAAAAGUGAAAUUGCUCUUCUUGAGGCUACCGUUCGUGGAGAUCAUAUUGAGGUAGAAAAACUAUUAGAAGAAGGUGCCAAUCCAAAUUCACAUAAUGAGGAUGGUUUAACUUCUUUACAUCAAUGUGCCAUUGACAAUAAUGAAAUUAUUUUAAAAUUAUUUUUACGAUAUGGUGCUGAUGUUAAUGCUCAAGAUACAGAACAAUGGACACCACUUCAUGCAGCAGCAUGUUGUGCACAUAUUGAUAUUGUUAGAAUACUUAUUGCUCAUAACGCAAAUUUAUUAGCUGUUAAUGCAGAUGGUAAUAUGCCAUAUGAUAUUUGUGAUGAUGAUGCAACAUUAGAUCUUAUUGAAUCAGAAAUGGCUGCUAGAGGUAUUACACAAGAACAAAUUGAUCAAGAAAGAGGUUCUGGUGAAAAAAGAAUGCUUGAUGAUAUGAAAUUACUUCAUCAACGUGGUUUACCUUUAGAUUCUAGGCAAUCAGAUGGUUCAACAUAUUUACAUGUAGCUGCUGCAAAUGGAUAUUAUGAUGUAGCAGCAUUUCUUCUUCGUGUUGGAGUUUCUCCAUUAGUACGUGAUAAUGAUUUAUGGAUGCCUAUACAUGCAGCAGCAUGUUGGGCACAACCAGAUUUAAUAGAAUUAUUAUGUGAAUAUGGUGGUGAUAUAAAUGCAAAAACAAGUAGUGGUGAAACAGCAAUGGAUUUAUGUGAGGAUGCUGGAACAAAAGCUGUUAUAGCUACUGUUCAACAACAAGAAGCUAGGAAAAAGAGUAAAUUUGGUGUACGUGACUCAAGAAGACAAUCAAGAAAAAGAAAAAAGUUUGAAAGUCCACAAACGGGUGCAGCAAAUGCAGAUACUCCUUUAGGUGUACGUGGUACUAUAAAAAGACAAUCAUUAAGAGAUAGAAAUGGUGUAACAUUAGCUAGAUUAGAAGCUCAAAAAGAGCAUACAGAUUUAAUGAGAUCAUGGAGUAAAGAAGAUGUUUCAGGUAGAAAAGAUGACAGUCAAUUAUUUAAUAAUAUACAAUCUUCUGUAAAUAGUAAUAUUAAUAGAAAUAAAGAAAAUACUCCAGGUGGUGGAAAUAAAAGAAUUAUAGGUAGAGGUACAAGUCAAAAACAAAAAGUUAUUUCACCAGAUGAAUGGUUAAGAAAAUUAGAUGCAGAAGAAAAUCGAAAUGAUUGUGGUUAUAAUGAAGAUGAUGAAGAUUUUAAAGGAAUGGGACGUUUUGAACGUGGUAGAAUAGGAAACUCAACAUCAAGAAAAAAACGUCGUGAUCAACAAGGUGGAGGAAAUCAUCAUGAAAUGAAUGGUAUGAAAGUAAAUAGUAAAGAUGACCUUUUGACUUCAUCCAGAGAUCGAAAUAAAAAAACUUGUUGUUGUGUUAUUUCUUAA